CACCAACUUCUGCAUACACCUGCACCCUCAACAAGUCUCUGCAUUAAAACCCCUCCACCAAAUUCCAGCCAACUACCAUGCGCUUCGCCUCCAUUACCUUCAUUGCCUGCGCCGUCCUCAUCGCCUCGCCCGAUAUCGCCAUGGGCGCCUCCACUGGCUCCAAGGGAUCGGCUGUUGGUUCCAAGGGAACAACAGGCAAGGCCAAGUCUUCUCCUGCAGUCAAGUCAAAGGCGCCGGCUCUCCCUAAAUCGAAGGCGCCAGUUCUUCCCAAGUCCAAGUCGGCACCCCCAACCAAGUCCAAGUCGGCAGCACCCACUGCGCCCGCGACUAAGGCCACCGCAUCGCACAUGGCCACCUCAACUAGCGCCACACCUACCUCAACCAACCUGACGCACGACAAGUGUCCAACCGGCGUCCUCUCGUGCUCCAAGCAGACCAAGACCACGGAUCACUGCUGCUUCGAGGAGAACGGCCAGUACGUCCUGUCGCAGCAAUGGACCAAGGGGCUGGGCACCGAUGAUUACUUCACCAUGCACGGUCUGUGGCCAAACACCUGCGCGGGUAAAUUGACCCCUUCUGCCGGAUGCGACAGUUCACGGGUGUACAAGAAAGUGGAGGCGCUGAUCAAGCCGCUGAAGCCUGCGCUGGUGACUGAUAUGACAAAGUACUGGCCGUCGAAGGGCAAGCCCAAUGAUGAGUUCUGGGGCCAUGAGUGGUCGAAGCACGGUACCUGUGUGAGUACCCUGCGCCCACAGUGCUACAAGUCGUACAGCAAGAACCAGGACAUCGUCGACUACUUCACCAAUGCCAUGAACCUGCACAAGAAGUACGACUAUGCUGCUGCCCUGAAGAAGCACAGCAUUGUGCCGGACAACACGAACCUUGUCAAGGCUGCCGACUUCAAGAAGGCUAUCCACACUGAGCAUGGCGUCAAUGUCGUGCUCAAGUGCAAGACUAACCCUGCCACCAAGGUCAGCGAGCUCAACGAGGUCUGGACUUACUUCAGUGUUCAGGAUCUGAACACUUACAUUGCGGCUCAGCCGAGUAGCAGCGACACAUGCCCCACGCAAUUCAUGUACUUUAAGAAGUAG